AUGGCCGCUGCGCAGGGAACCGAGUUGCACGCCGACGGCGACAUGAAGCCCAACUCCAGCCCCGAAGACGAUACCCCCGACCACAUCGGGUCGAACGGGUCCACUCCGACCGGCAUCGCAACGCCCCAGCCCGAUCCCGCGGACAAGCGUCUGCCUUCCAUCAUGCACAACUACUUCCAGGUUGGUUCUUUCUCUGGUGAUAAAGCGAGUCUGCCGCGGUUCUGGUCAUACCUCUCGACCCCUUCUCCGGUGGACCCUCCAUCACCUACACCCCCAUCUUCCAUCACCCCCCCGGGCGCUUCCUCCGAGUCCUUCGUCAUGAUGGAGCGGGAGGACGGGCAGGGCUCGGAUCCGAUGGAGGUGAUACCUGCCAACCCGCCGACUCCGCCCCAUUCCUUGCUCCAGCAGGAGUCGGACGAGAUGGACCUCGGGUCGAGUCUCGAUACGGGCGCGGGGUCCUCGAUGUUUCAUAUGUUGAAGAAAUAUCUGAUCCCACCCGCCUCCACCCCUCCUUCGCGCCGUCAAACUUCCCUGCCAGUCUCCAGCGUGUCUGACGACCCUGUUCUGGCCACCCAUUUCUCCAAUCCAUCUCUCCCUCCUGCUGCUUCAGAUGCCUUCUGCCCCUCCGACACCCCCUUGGUCGACCACGCGAUGCCGCAUGUUUCCAUAUCCUCCGAGAAAUUAGCCAAGCUGACUGGAAACGCACCCGAUGGGGUGCGUCUCAAGAAUACCCCGCCGCUGACUCCCCGGGCCAUGUCCAACGAGGACCAAUCGGCCGAGAAGAAGUCCAUCACAUCGGCUCCUCGCAAAAGCCAGUCCGAGGAGUCGCCCGAAGAAACGCCCCGGGAUGGCAUGGACAGCUCCACCGACGAAAUCGCCAUGAAGCUCGACGAGGCGUUCCCCCGCCAAUCCAGCGCAUCCCCCCAGAACGGCGCUCCCGUGGGGCCACUCAAGGGAAAAUUGUUUGUGAAGAUCUCCGAGGCCCGCGGGUUGCGCCCCAGUUUUGAUCCCUACGUCGUGUGUGUCUUUGAGUGGAACGAGUAUAUCUCCAAGGGUGCUCGAUCCGGCGAAGAGGAAAAGAAGCGGCGUCAGAUGGAGUCGGAUGCGGAGGCUGGCAAGCCAAUGGCCAUUCCGAUGAAAAGCCGUCAGAGCAGCCACAACAGUGCUCUGGAUGGUCACGAUCACAAGGGCCGAACCCCCGUGACCGAUCCCCAUUGGGAUCACGAGGCGGUCUUUGAUGUUCUGGGUGAUCAGUCCGAGGUCGAUGUUACCGUUUACGAUCGCAGCAACCAAGAAGCCUUCCUGGGCCAUGCCAAUUUCAAGGGCUUCACCUUUGUGAACGAGAGCUCCAUCGACCACCACCUGACGCAUGAGCCAGGCGUCCGAAUGGACGAGGACACUGUGCAGGACGAUGCAUGGCAGCGCACGCACCGGGCCAACAUCUCGACCGACCAGCGCAUGAGCGGCGUCCAGAAGACGGACGGCACGGAGCCCGGGAUUUUCAACGUUGACGAUAAUUUUGACAUGUGA